UACGACAUGCGAUCAUUGAUGUUUACGCAACGCUUUGUAACAGCAUGUGUUUUUGUGUAUGAUAAUCUGAGAUUAAAUUUUUAAUUCGAAUUUGGGUAAAAAAUGGGCUCAAAUUCUUCUAAAGAAGUAUCCGGACCAUUAGGUACCGUUACAAUCAAUGAUAAAAAAGAAAAUGUUCCUAUAAAAUCUACACCACCAAGUGGUUGUCCAAUGCAUUCGGCAGAAUCAAAUCAACCACAGUCAACAAUCGUUUCUGAAUGUCCAAUAAAUCCGGAUAAUCGUAUGCCAAUGGAAGCAAAUCAGCAACCAUCAGAAGGACAACCAUUCGAUCUGAGCAAAAAUCGUCAAAAAUCAACAAUACCGAAAUUUAAUCCACCAAAUGAAAAUGAAAAAUAUUGGGUUUAUCCUUCCGAGCAGAUGUUUUGGAAUGCAAUGCUACGAAAAGGUUGGAAAUGGCAAGAAGCAGUUGAAGGUAAAGAUAAAACGAUAAAUAAUGAAAAUUUCACAUCAAAAGAUAUGAGUGAUAUUAUUAAGAUUCAUAAUUUCAACAAUGAAAUGGCUUGGCGUGAAGUACUUAAAUGGGAAAUGUCAUUCCAUCUGAAAGAAUGUCCAUGUGGACCGACAUUAAAGCGUUUCGGAGGUCGAGCACAAGAUUAUUCACCGAGAGCGAGAAUUCGAAGCUGGAUGGGCUAUGAGUUACCUUUUGAUCGACAUGAUUGGAUUGUUGAUCGUUGCGGUAAAGAAGUUCGAUAUGUAAUCGAUUAUUAUGAUGGUGGAUUUCUUGAAGAAACAGGAAAUUUUGCCCUACUUGACGUACGACCAGCGUUGGAUUCAUUCGAAGCACUUUGGGAUCGAAUGAAGGCUACUUAUUGGCGAUGGACACAUGAAUAUUUUAAUUAUGGUAACAAAGAAACAUCAUCAUCAGCGCAACAAGCAGCCAAGCAAUCGGAAUAAUUUUUUUUGUUCUGUUUUCAUUGUAUUUUUAGUGUAUUGUAAUCAUGUAAUAUUAAUUAGUCAUCAUUUAUUGAUUAAAAAUGAUUAAAAU